AUGUCUCACAUACGAACUGCAACUAUUGACGAUCCGAGUAUGCAAGAACUUAAAGGAUUUAUCACACGUGGUUGGCCAGAGAACAAAGAAGUCCUUCCGAUGGACGUAUUACCCUACUUCAAAGCCCGAGAUGAAUUAACUGUUCACGAUGAACUGGUUUUUCGUGGUGAA